GGGAAAACAUUUCAACUCGUUGGCUAUACUAUUCAGCAUGGCCUGUAUAGCUCAUUGUGCUUUUGAAUACGUUGGUGGGGUUGUCAUGUGUUCUGGACCAUCAAUGGAGCCUACAAUUCAAAAUUCAAAUAUUGACUUUGCAGAAAACCUUAGUCGACAUUGUUAUGGUAUCCAAAGAGGUGACACGGUGAUUGCAAAAAGCCCAAGUGAUCCAAAAUCAAAUAUCUGUAAAAGAGUAAUCGGUUUGGAAGGAGACAAAAUCCUCACUACUGGACCAUCAAAUUUAUUUAAAAGCCAUAGUUAUGUGCCAGUGGAUCAUGUUUGGUUAGCAGGUGAUAAUCUACAGAAUUCUACAAAUUCCAGGUACUGUGGACCUAUUCUGUAUGGAUUCUAAUAAGAGGAUGAAUUUUCUUUAAGAUUUGGCCUCUGAGUGAUUUUGGAUUUUUACGUGCCAGCCCUAAUGGCCGCAGAUUUUCUGAUAAUUAGUAAGCAUUUAUUCUUUUGACUUGAUUAUUGUCUCCUGUUCAUGUGAAUUUAUUACUCCCAUUGAAACCAUGUACUUACCAAUACACUAUUUGCUAU